UGAGACUUUGAGCCAGUCGCCCGCCGAAGCGAACAUCAUUCCGCUGUGGAGUUCGACUCGUGUCAGUUGGGUUAGUUGCGUGGCUUUAUCUGGUCUUGUGAUUUUCCUGCGUGUUUUAAACAGAAAGCAAAAACAUGGUCUACAUCGUACAAAACAAAGAAGAUUUCCGUGGAAAACUUCAGUCAGCUGGCGACAAACUGGUCGUUGUUGAUUUCUUCGCAACAUGGUGUGGCCCAUGCAAAAUAAUUUCCCCAAAGCUGGAAGAAUUGGCAAAUAAGUACGGUGAUAGGGUUGUUGUGCUAAAGGUCGAUGUUGACGAUUGCGACGAAUUAGACGUUGAGUAUGGUGUGUCGAGUAUGCCAACAUUCAUUUUCAUCAAAAACGGCGAGAAGAUUGACUCUUUCGUUGGCGCGAAUGCAGAGAAAUUGGAGAAACAUUUUGCAAAGCACAUAGAACCUAGCUCAUAAGAUUUUAACCAGGGAGGAUAGGACAUAACGCGAGUACUAUUCCAGCAAGCAAAUAUAUAUAUUUGUUAAUUUAAAGCAAAAUAUAUUACACUUACGAUUUAAUUUCUUUGUUUCUCCAUGGUUUUGGACUAUAUAAUUUUAGAUAACGUGAUUUGAGAUGAAUUUUAUUAUGAAAUGAUUGCAAACAUUCUUUCUACAUUUUGUAUCUUUUUAAAAAUGGAUAUUUUGAUGACAACUUUAUAAAAAUCAGUCCGAAAUGGUAACGCGCUUGUGAGAUCUGUAACUGCAUAGGAUACUAUUUUUGGGUAGUCCUCACUGAACCAUCAUUAAUUGCUUUAGGAACCAAAUAUGUUCGCUUUGUUCCAUAGUUAUGUGCAUUCUGAUACAAUACCAGUGCUGCUGAUAUUGCAUGAGAUUUCGCUGGCGAAGAUUUCUACUGUUGCCUUAACUGUUGUCGUUUUAUAGUAGAAUUGCUAUCCACAGAUACAGCGGAAAGACAUGCUUUGUUAGCAAAAUUGUAGCAAUUUAUUUACAUAAACUUUUAGAUGAUCUAUUGUAACUGA